AUGCCGGUGCCGCUGCUGAAGCUCGGGGCCGUGCUCAGCACCAUGGCCAUGGUCACCAACUGGAUGUCCCAGACCCUGCCCUCCCUCGUGGGGCUCAACGGCACCGCCGGGCCCCGCGCCGGCACCUCGGAAAAAAUCACCCUUUUCCAGAGCCCGGACGAGGGCUGGCAGGUGCUGAGCUCGGCGCAGGCUCCGGACGGGCGCUGCCUGUGCACGGCCGUGAUUCCCGUGCAGGGAUCCUGCGCUCGCGACCUCCGCGGCCUCCAGCUCCGACAGCUCCUGGAAAAGGUGCAGAACAUCUCCCAGUCCAUGGAGGUGCUGGACCUGCGCACAUUCCGGGACCUGCAGUACGUUCGGAACACGGAGGCGAUGAUGAAGGGCCUGGACUCGCGGCUCCGCGUGGCCUCUGAGAGCCACAAAUCCCUCAAUUCCCGCAGCUUCCAG